CCCUUGUGAACAAGGAAUUAUUACUGAAAAAAUGAAAUUGUUUUUGGCUCUUUUGGCCUUCGUGGCUUACGCUGCAGCUCAAGAUGAGGAAUUAUCGCCAAGGUUUUUCUUUCACUCGCCAAGGCGCGAACCAAGUGUUAGCAACAUAAUACCUGGAACAAAUGUAAAUAUCAGCAAUGUAAUAGCUGGCCGAAUGGCUGACGAAGAUGCUGGCGAUAACGGUGACGAAGAAUUGGUUGGUCCCAACAAUCAAUUAAACAUUGAGAGACAGGGGCCGUACAUUCCAGGGGUCUCAGAAGCAGUCGAGUUCGCGAAGAAACAAGUUUUAGCUCAACUACAAAUCAAUAAAGACUUCCACACGGGCAUACGCGAUGCUGUGAACCAAGCCAUCAACAGUCCUAAUCCUGCACAAGCCAUCAAAACAGUCCAGGAACACAUUAAGAAGUAUUUCCAAAUUGAAGCUCAACGGAAUCCCUUCCUUCUCGUAGGCAGAUUGAUAGUUAAACAGGGUCAACGAUUGUCCCAACAAGUGGGCCAAAUGUUUGAACAGCAACGCAGACAAAAUCAAGGUCAAAACCAAUCAGGCUCGGGACAAAAUUCUGCUUCAUCUCAACAGACAACCACUGGUUCACCAUCAACCACCGUACCUAUUCAGUCUGCUUAAUGUAGACCAUCUAACAAUGAAUUAUUUCAAAAGUAUGAACAUUAACGAAUACUAAGAGCAUUAAAGACGUUUUCAUUUUAUUCAAAAAUAAUUUAUUUUUUUUGAAAAGCUUUUUAUCGUUGUAACUGUGAGCUGGCAGUGCAAACCAAAUCCUCUAAAUCAUGGAAAUUGAAAUUAAAUAUAAAAUUUAUUGUUCAAUGCCCAAAACAUUUAUACUCACAUCAAAUUUAGAUUUAAAACGAUUUUUAAUAAAUUUACUGUAGGUGGUUAUUAAAGUUUAAAUUUUUUUUAUAAAUUUUCAAAGCCAAGAAUAUGUAUAAGCGUUGGACAUUUUGCCAAAUAAAGCGAUAAAGUUUUCUUUCUCUCUUG